AGCGGUGUAAACAGCAGCUCAUAUAUUAGCUCGGCGGCGGCUAAGCUAGUUAGCUCUCCCCUCCCUCGGUCCGUCCCUCCGCUCUUUGGACCCCCGGAUCUGGAUUAAAUGGCUGGCGUGGCCCUGCAGUGCUGCUCUCUCUGGCGCUCAGUCAGAUUCAGAAGUUUGGUCACUUCCACCGUUCCCAGACUGAAGAUCCACACCACAGCGUCUCCUAUGAUGGCUGCCACCGUGGAGCAGUUCGAGCAGGCCAAGAGCAAACUGUCGACGCUGAAGAACGAUCCGGGGAACGAGGUCAAACUGAAGAUGUACGCUCUGUUCAAACAGGCCACUCAGGGUCCCUGCAACACUCCUAAACCAGGCAUGCUGGACUUUGUGAACAAGGUGAAGUGGGACGCGUGGAAGUCUCUGGGCUCCAUGUCACAGGACGAAGCCCGGCAGCAGUACUGCGACCUGGUCGGCUCCCUGGUGGCGGCAGAGGGGGGAAGCUCCGCCCAGGUGGCCGCACAGCCUGCUGGGAGCGAGGCGACCUACGAGACGCUGCUGGUCACCACGGAGGACAACAUGACCACCAUCAGACUGAACCGACCACACAAGAAAAACGCCAUCACAACCGAGAUGUACAACGACAUCGUUGCAGCUCUGGAGCAGGCGGCGAAAGACGACUCGGUCCUCACAGUUUUUACCGGUGCCGGGGAUUUCUACUGCAGUGGAAACGAUCUCUCCAACUUCACCAAGAUCCCAGAGGAAGGAGUGGAGCUGAUGGCCAAACAAGCAGGAGAUCUGCUGCGGAACUAUGUGAACGCCUACAUCGACUUCCCAAAGCCGCUGGUUGCCGUGGUGAACGGACCGGCAGUAGGAAUCGCCGUCACUACACUAGCACUGUUUGACCUGGUCUACGCUACAGAGAAGGCCACGUUCCACACUCCGUUCAGUCAGCUCGGUCAGAGCCCUGAGGCCUGCUCCUCCUACACCUUCCCCAAGAUGAUGGGCGUUGCCAAGGCCUCAGAGAUGCUGCUGUUCAAUAAGAAGCUGACGGCGACUCAGGCCUGUGAACUCGGACUCGUCACCGAGGUUUUCCCUGAAAGCAGCUUCCAGUCGGAGGUGUGGUCCAGACUGAAGGCCUACGCCAAGCUGCCUCCCAACUCCCUGGCUCUGUCCAAACAGCUGAUCCGGUCCAUGGAGAAGGAUCGUCUUCACGCCGUGAACGACGCCGAGGUGGAGCUUCUGGUGGAGCGCUGGACGUCUGACGAGUGCGUCAACGCCAUCAUGAGCUUCUUCCAGGCCAAAUCCAAACUUUGACGCAUCCUGAGGUCUGGUUCUAAUAAAAGCAGUUCUAAUCAGUUGGUUCUUCUGCUGGAGAACGUCAUUAAUUCUGCCUUUACCUUCACCGUGUCGUGCACCUCGAGAACAGAGAAAACAGGACUCUAACAAAACCCAGAACAUCCAGCUCUGACCCAGCAAACAUCUGUAGGAAACACACCUGGACUCAGAACCUGUUCUGUUUGUUCCUUCUGACGUGGAACCAUUGAGUGUUUAACUCUAGAUAUCAACUGGACGAUAUUCUCCUCUAGAUGGGACCAGUAGGACCUUAGACUAGCGGUUGAGGUGUUUCUGGAGGUAACGAUCAUCUCUGAAGUGUCCAGAAGAGUCGCCCUCUGGUGGCCGUUGGGAGGAACGCAGCUGAAGGUUCUCCUGUUUUAGUUUCAGAUCCAGAAACUUCCUCCGUCUUUCUUCAGCUCUGAUCUGUCUUCAGAUUUGUUUGCUCAGAACUGUCCUUUCUACAGAAAAACGCCAACAAAUUCAAAGCCUAAAACCUAAAAUAACACAUUCCAUCAGAGUUCUCCUCCUCCAGUCAGUAUUUAGUAGAACUUCUGAUCCUGGUGGUCUCCAUCAGUCUGAACAUCUGGACCUCCUCCUUCUUCAUAAACAGUUAAACUCUGUCAGGUUCCUCAGGGAUCCUGAUCAACAGAACUUUGGCUGACGGCGCCCCCUACUGGUGACGCUACGCAGCUCAAGGAAACAAAUUUUACAGUAUUUUAAAAAAUGAGCUUGGACACUUUUUAUGGAGAUGCAGAAGUUCAGACCUUAGAAUCUGAUUAGAUUCAGGAUUUAAUUUGGAAUUUGACAUUUAAUUCAGGAUUCAAUUUAAGAUUAAAUUCAGGAUUUUAUUUAGUGUUCAGGAUUUAACUCAGGAUUUAUUUUGAGAUUUGAUUUAGGCUUCAGGAUUUAUUUUAAUUCAGGAUUCCGUUCUAUAUUUGGGAUUUAAUUCAGGAUUUAUCUGAGGAUUAGUUCAUCUCUUGCUGUGGAAACAGGCGGAGCUUCGUUAACUCGUUUUAGUUUCUGAUCUCACUCUGUUCGGACGUUUUUAUUUGGUUCCAACAACGACAUUGAAGGAGUCGGUUUGUGUUUUAGCAGUUUUUAGUCAAAGUGCCUUCAGCGAUUUUAAAGUCUUGAUCUUUGUUUGUUUUCUGUCUAUUGAAUAAAAGUUUUAAUUUCUAA